UGAUGCGAGUACGAGCGCUAGGGAGAGACAAAGCGAUAUUAUUACUGAGAAGUAGCAUCCCCUUCUUAAACCCAAUGCUUACUCUCUUUUUUCCUUUUUUUCUUUCUUUUUUCUCUCACUUUUUAGCAACCUUAAUUUGAGUCUCAAUCUUAUCACCUUUAAUAUUUUUUUCUUUACGAACUUCACAGCACAGCUCAAUAACCUGUUGCUUCUUCAAAAAUGGGAUAUCCCCAUAUCACUGACCUCAACUUGUCUCAUUCAUUCAACAUUGCGAAGCCUUCACCCUUGGAUCCUAACCCUACUAACACCACCAACCUUUUAGCUUUGAAUCAUGGUGAUUUGGCAAGUAAUGCAAAUGAGGUUAGUCAUACGACAGAAUUGAACAGUCAGCAGCAGCAGCCAUUAGGGAGUUCACGUUGGAAUCCAACGCCGGAGCAGUUACUGACCCUUGAGGAACUCUACCGACGUGGAACACGGACUCCGUCGGCAGCACAAAUCCAACAAAUUGCGACGCGGCUUCGGAGGUUCGGGAAGAUCGAAGGGAAGAAUGUUUUCUACUGGUUCCAAAACCAUAAAGCAAGAGAACGUCAAAAACGCCGCCGUCAACUCAAGACUGAAGAAGAACAACAACAAUGUGAUACCGAAAGCUUGGAAAAGAAGGAAUCCGUAUUUUCGUUGCCAGUAGGAUGCUGCGAAAUUACACCGACAAACAAGGGUUCUCCUUCAAACGUUAGAAAAUUUUCAGAGGAAUUCAUUUGGACGCAUGGAUUUCCAAAAAGUGAAGGAAAUGAGUGGAUGGAAAUUGAGGAGAAGGAAUUACGCAUGGAGUUGUGUUGUACACCAAUUGACCUCACCAACACCACCACAACAGCUUCAUUGGACACUCAGAAAAAUUUAUGUUCAUUCAAACCCCACCAAGAAAAAAUUACCACUCUUGAAGAUGAAAACAGAGAAGAUCAGACCCUCGAGCUGUUUCCCCUUGGAAGCAACGAUGGAAACGGCAUUAAUAUCAGCAACAAAGACACCCAAGGUCCCAUCAGAACCAUAAGUACAACCCCAAACCAGUAUUUCGAGUUUCUUCCUCUGAAGAACUGAAGAAGAAGAGUAGCUUAGCAUGUGGCUACAAGUGCAGCAAUUAAAUACUAGUUUUCCAUUUAAGUAAAGAUGGUUAAGGCUGUAUUAGUUUUGUUUUGUUGUGGGGAACUAGGGACUGUUUCAUCUGUGUCUGUCACGCAUGGUGCAAUUGUGAGAUAAGGACAUGUAGUUAUUUUUGGGCUUUGCCUUAAAA